AUGACGGACCGAAAUAUUGCCAAAGAAAAAGCUGCAAAGUUGUUGAAAAAACAAACUAGCGUGACUUCGUUAUCCAGUGCCGAGGUAAAAGCCAUUAAUCGAGCGAAUCAAAAUGAGAAAUUUGAUUCCAUCAGUUCUGUUUCUUAUUUAGACGAACCACAACCAGACGAAUUUCGUCCAACAGUGAGGUAUGAAAACUCGUACCACAUGCAACCAGCGAAGAAGGUUCCAUAUGGUCGUAUUAAGAAUUUGAUGAGAGAAGUUUUAGAAGGGUACUUGGCAGACGAAAGAUACGAGCCAAAUACAUGUAAACAAAUGACCAAGACAAUUUCAGACGUGAUAAAGGCAAGAGUAAAGGAGAUGGAAAUUCCAAGAUAUAAAAUAAUCUGUGUAGUUCACAUUGGACAGUUACUAGAUCAGUCUAUGAGAAUUGGUAGCCGAUGUUUGUGGGAUGCAAGUUGUGAUACUUUUGCUAUGCAUGAGUUCAAGAAUAGCUCUUUGUAUGCCAUAGCCUCUGUUUAUGGCAUUUAUUAUGAAUAA